AUGGAUAUUUGGCCAUGCAAAUUUUCAGUCUGUAAGGAGCAUGUCGAGUUUAUAUGUUCUACCUGCUCGCCUGUAAUUUACCUAUGCCCAAGACAUAUAAGUACUCAUCAGCAAGAAACUGGUCAUGCAUCUUUACCUAUGUACACUGAACCAAACCAACUUUGUCGUACUGAAGUCCUGAAUUUUUUGAAUAAAAGACUAGAAGCCUUGACAUCAUUAAUCCUCCUAUUACUAUUUUUUUUAAUUUUAAAUAAAAAUAUAAUAAAAAUAAGAAAUAAUAAUAGUUAAUAAAGAGAGUUAGAAACACUUAUUGAAGAAAAGAUAUUUUUUGAAAUGAAAAAAAUUCAUGAAAGCUUUGAUACAACUCUCAAAAACCUGAGGAUUGUGCAAGAUGAAUAUCGUAGACUUGCACAUAAAGUGAAUCGUAUAAAUAAAAUCCCAUGUGUUGGGUCAACUAAAAUCCAAGAUUUCCUAACUCCCCCCUCCGUGAACGAACAAAACCAUUAGAAAAAUCGCUAUUUUUGACCAAAAACCCACCCCUGUGAGCUAACAAAACAUUUUUUAAUAGAAAAUUUUUUUAUGGAAAAAAUUUUUGAUAUAAGUGAUAAUUUAGUAUUACGAAAUCUAUAGCUAAUUCUGUUUAAUUUUAAACAAAUUGCUUUUUAAAAACCAUAAAUUGUAUAAAUUAAAUUAAUAUUGAUGUCCAAUUUUGCGAAUUAGGUUUCUUUUAAAUUUCGAAAAAUAAUUUUUCUAAAAAAAAAUUAACUCUCAGUAAGCGAACAAGAUGUUUUUGUUCGCUCAAGGAGGAGGGAGUAAGGUACCCACCUGGGCUAACACUGCAAAAUUUUGAAAACAUAUUUAUAGAAGAAGCUCCUCAUGGCAACGAAAUAAAAGGAGAUUUGUAUUCUUUAUCUUGCAAGCUUUGCUUGAUGUCAAUUGAUUUUAAUGCUAAAUUAUUUACAGUGCUGGGAGCAGAUCCAGAAAUGAAUAUUGAAAGAGAAAAUAAAAUAAAAUCUCACUUUUUGGAAUUAAAUAAUCUUAUUGAGGUAUUUAAAGGUAACUUCAAAAAAAAGAUAUUCUAAAUAAAUAAAUUAAUUUUUUUUUAAUAAUUAUUAUAGAUUAUUUUUUUUAUUAUUAAUAAUAAAAAAUGCCUUAAAGCCAUAAUUAUUGGUCUUUUAAAUGAGGAUGCCGAAAUACGAAGUUCAUAUCUCAGCACUUCAGACAGCAGAAGUCCAUAGCUCUUCUGAAGCCCAUAGCCCCUCUGAUGUUACACCAUUAAGAAAAACUUAUAAAGAAGACUUAAAAGCAGUUUUGGCAAGAAGCACAAAUUCGGCACCUAACUUGUCAAACACAGGGUCAACAGCUUCAAGCGUUCCUUCUUUAGGAACUUCUUCAGAAGCUCAAAGUACAAUAUCUGAUGCUACAACAGAGUCAGCAUAUUCCCCGUAUACAACAUUAUCAGCAUCUCCAUACUCAACAAUAUCUGAUCACAAAUAA